AUGGGGGACUCAAAAUCCUCAUUCCACCCUGCUCUUACUGUCACGAAUAUCAAGCACAACAUUCCUAUUGUUCUUGAAUUACAAAACUCUCAGUACUCCACAUGGGCGGAAUUAUUUAAAAUUCAUCCUCGUUCUUACAAAGUGCUAGACCAUAUUAUCCCUCUGCCUAAGGAGAAGGCGAAGGUUCCUGUCACUGACGAGGAAAAAGACGCGUGGUCUACUCUGGACGCUGUUGUAAUCUCGUGGAUUUAUUCAACCAUCUCCAAUGACUUAUUGCUCACCAUUAUCGAACCAGAUGCUACGGCUAUGGAGGCGUGGGAACGGUUGCGUGAUUUAUUUCAGGACAAUCAGAAUUCUCGUGCCUUGACUCUUGAACAGGAAUUUUCGACCAUGAAAAUGGAGGAUUUUCCAAAUGUCUCGGCCUACUGCCAACACCUCAAGAGUCUCUCCGAUCAAUUGCGAGGCGUAGCUGCACCGGUGGAUAAUAACCGAUUGGUUCUUCAAUUGGUUUCUGGCCUCACUGAAGCAUACAAGGGUGUGGGUACCCUUAUUCGACAGAGCAAUCCCCUUCCUCUGUUUUCUCAAGCUCGGUCGAUGCUUACGCUGGAGGAGGCCGGUCUCGCAAAGCAAGCGGCUACAGGGUCCGCCACAGCCAUGGUGGUUCAGUCCCGUGACAAUGCUGAUGAUGGUCAAGAUAGUGCUGGGGGUUCGCGUGGCCGCACCAAGUAG